AUGUUCUCUCGCUCUUUUAGAACGUCAGUUCGACUCUGCAAACGACACUGGCCUGGAAAAGCGCCGGGUCUAGGCUCCAGAUGCUAUCUGACACAGAGCUCUAGUUCUGUUUCUGGUGUAAAAGUUGGCGCUGCCUUGUUUGCUGGAGUUGCUGGCGGAUAUUUUGGGCUGCAAUUGUAUUCCCAGACUCCAGCAAAGACAGUUCAUGCUGACGCAAAAGCAGGCAAAGAGAGUUCUGAUAAGGGCUCAGUGGACGCCUCAACAACCCCUUUAGACACGCUUGACAGCCCCAAGUACGCUUCCGACGAGGAGUUUGCAGCUGCUUUAGAGCAGUUCCGUGCCAUUGUCGGAGAAGAAAACGUAUCUUCAUCCAAAGAGGUUACGGACGCUCACGCAGACACAUUUUUCAGCACCCACCAUCCACCAGAGCCAGAGAAACAAAGACCAGCGGUUGUCAUUUACCCUGCCAACACAGAGCAAGUCUCGGCUAUCUUGAAAGUGGCGCAUCGCUACCGGGUGCCUGUUGUGGCCAACUCUGGCCUCACAUCUCUCGAAGGCCAUAAUAUGCACACACGUGGACCCAACUCGGUUUCUUUGGCGUUUGGCAACCUCAACGACGUUGUGGAAUUCCAUCCUGACGACAUGGAUAUUGUGGUACAAGCAGGGCUCGGCUGGCAGGAGCUCGACCAGUAUCUUUUGGACAGUGAAGAUGGGAAGCACCUUAUGUUUGGGCCAGACCCAGGUAUGGGUGCCACAAUUGCAGGUAUGGUUGGAACAUCAGCAAGUGGAACCAACGCUUACAAGUACGGUACCAUGAAAGAAAACGUGGUCAACUUGACUGUUGUUUUGGCCGAUGGUACCAUUGUGAAGACCAAACAGAGACCACGGAAGUCAAGCGCAGGAUAUGACUUGACUCAUCUUUUCAUUGGCUCUGAAGGUACCUUGGGUGUGGUGACAGAAAUCACGGUGAAAUUGCAACCUCGGUCUUUCCGUGAGUUGGUUUGCAUCGCGUCUUUCCCCAACAUCAGAGAUGCUGCAGCAACAGCACAACAUAUCAUCAGCAAACUGGGAAUUCACGCUAACGCGAUUGAGCUUGUGAACGAAACUACCAUGUCUUUUGUCAAUGAAAGUGGUGCGGUAGCCAAGAAGUUCUUGGAGCGUCCAUCGUUACUUUUGAAAAUUGGUGGGCCUAGUGAGUCGGUGAUUCGCCAGCAACUAGACAUUGUGGAGCAAAUCGCACGCCUGAACAACUUGAUCCAAUUUGAGCAAUCCCAAAACCCAGAAGAUAACGAGGUUUUGUGGGGUGCCCGUCGUGCUGGUUUGUGGUCUACUUUUGAAUACGGAAAGAAGGUCUUGGAUGACAAAGACGAUGUACAAAUCUGGACAACAGACUUUGCCGUCCCUCUUUCAAAAUUGGCCACUCUUAUUGACGAGACCAACGAUGAUUUGAUUGCGUCGGGUUUCCGCGACCGUUUCUCUGUGUUGGGCCAUGUGGGCGAUGGAAACUGUCAUUUUUUGCUUCUCUACAACUCCAAGGAUUAUGAUCGUGCCAAAGAUGUGGUUGAUCGUAUGGUUGGACGGGCUUUGAAGUACGAAGGUACAUGCACAGGUGAACACGGAGUUGGUGUUGGAAAAAGAUCGUAUUUGGAACCUGAGUUGGGUGUUAAUGCCGUAGACUUGAUGCGUCACAUUAAGUUUGCGUUGGACCCACGGGCCAUUUUGAACCCAGAUAAGGUGUUCAAGAUUGAUCCACACGAUAAAUUGGACGAGUUGUUAAGCAGCGGCCACGUGCAUGUUGAGCUGAAAUGCUGCUGA